CCACUGUUGCAGCAUUUGGACUACUAAUUUACUGCAAAAUGGAGUAUGUCCCAUUGAACGUUAUGAUUAUUUUUCUGAUGUUAGGAAAAACACAGCAAUUAUGAAAAAACAUCAUUCAUCUUGUCAAUGGAAUUGGAGUAGACGAUGCCUUUAUAUUGAUAGCUGCGUGGAGAAGAACUGACGUUAACGCUUGUGUUCCAGAUAGAAUGAAAGAAGCGUACACAGAAGCUGCUGUCUCUAUCACUAUUACGUCUCUGACCAAUUUGUUUGCGUUUUGUAUGGGAUUUCUGACACCUUAUAAAUGUAUUCAUAUAUUCAGUGCGUAUGCAGCUCUUGCAAUCCUGUUUGACUACAUUUAUCAGUUAUUGUUUUUUGGAGGACUCAUGGCUUUAGAUGGAUACAGAGAAAAGUAUAAUCUGCAUUCUGUUUUCUGCUGGACAAUUAACCGAAAUCACCAGAAAAUUCAAAACAAAAAGCAAUUCGAAUCGACAAGCAAGGAAAAACAAAAUAUUUUUAUGGCAUUUUUUGGCAAUGUUCUCGGCAAAAUGCUGGGAAAACCAAUCGUUAAAACUAUCGUAAUUGUUCUGUUUAUGGUUUAUCUUAUAGGUGCAAUAUAUUGCAUGCAAUUCACGCAAGAAGAAAAUGAUAUAGUAAUCUUUUUUCCAAACUUUUCUUAUAUGUUUACAUAUGCAUAUAUUGAAAAUAAGUAUUUUUCUAAUUAUAGUCAUCAAGUUCAAAUAAUUAUUAAUCAGUCAUUAGAUUAUUCGAAUGUCACUGUCCAAAAUGACAUAGAAGAUCUCCUGCAAAGUUUCGAGUCUGCUCCAUUUAUAUCCGAUUCGUCGACCACAGAAAGUUGGCUGAGAGAAUUUCUGGCAUUUACUAAAUCUCCAGUUGCAAAGUUUUCGCUUUCUGGUUACAAUCUCAGUGAUUCUGAUGACUUUUUGAGUGCAUUUAAAAAUGUUUUCUUGAAAGUAAACGUUGCAGGCAGAUUUAAAAACGAUGUUAUUUUUAAUAAAGAAGGCGAUAAAAUUACUGCUUCGAGAUUUCUAAUAUCCAGUUCUGAUCUAAGACGUGGAAUUGAUAAAAGAUCAUUUCUUGAAAAUGUAAGGAAAAUUGCCGACAACAGCAAAAUUCCUGUAAUUGUAUAUAAUUGUAGAUUUAAGUGUUAUGACGUCUAUGUUAAUAUUUCUUCAAACUGCGUAAAAUCGAUUUGUGCUGCAGGGGGAACAGUAAUUAUUGUGUUUCUUUUAUUUACUCCGAACAUAUUGUUUCUUUUGUCUGUUGUCAUGACUAUUGUUUCUAUUCAGGUUGGUUUAAUUGGAUACAUGUCUUUAUGGAAUGUCACUGUUAGUCCAUCUUCACUAAUAAUAUUAGUGAUGUGUACGGGAUUUUGCGUAGAUUAUACAGUACAUACGACUUACGCGUUUCUCAAUUGCAAAAAGAAAACACCAAAUGAGAAAAUCCGAAGUUGCUUAUACGCUGCUGGAUAUCCUGUCUUACAGGGAUGCGUAACUACCGUUUUGGGUGUUUCGGUAGCGUAUUUUGGACCAUCGGAAUCAUUUGUGAUAUUUUUUAAAAUCAUAUCUUUAAUGGUAAUUUUCGCUUUAUUUCACAGUUUUUUUAUUGCCCGUAGUUCUCAGCUUUUUGGAUUCUUUUUCGUUUUCUAUGUUUAAGAGGAAAAAACAUAAGUUUGAAUGUAAUGAAAUUGUUUCGAACGAAAUCGAUUCUUUAAAUUCUGAAAACACAAUUCAGAA